GUGCCCGGGGUGGACUUCCUGACACCUCUCUUGUUGCAUGAGGCUGUCGUGGUUCCCUAUGCCUUGCUUGGAUAGGAGCUUGAGCGAAUGCGUGCUCCUCAGAAGCUGCUCUCCUGUUCCAGGGCGAAAAGACAUUCUUGUGCCUCCAGCUUAGCUGUCUGGCCAACCGGACUGCUCCAAACUACAAGAGAUCAUUCGUAAGCUGUUGGGAAGAAAUCUCCGGAUGGCUAUCGUGCGAUACCUCCGUUGUAUUGUCCACAACUGUCCGUAUGCCAUGACCAGUUUCUUUGCUUACCAAGAAAUUUCAUUUAGAGAUCGCCGACCGCCUAGAUCCUGUAGAUGGCGAGUCGGAACGCUGGCCCCAUAUGGAGGUUCUCCUGACAGUGCUCUGCCAAUACUAAUAAGCCUUCAUGAUAUGCAGAUCCGCAUCGUGCACAACCACUAUCAACUAACAACACUCCUGACCGCUAACUGUCUCAGUUGUUCUGAGCACUAUGAAAUGAUGGCUUCUCAACUCCACUCGGCACCCCGACCCCAGAAAUCAAUCAUGAGCCUUAAUUCUGUUAAUGUCCAGCAAUCCUCAAUGCAGGCACGCCGAAUUACCGCUAUUAUCUCAUUCGAUACCGAACCGAUGUUGUGUACUCACCGAAUAGACCCCUCUUGUGUUGUCGAUGAGCUUAGGGACUAUCUCUGCAAUAACCCCGAAGCCCGGGAUGCAUUCGACUUGGGGGUCAAAAUUGCUAUUGACAUGAAUAUACCACAGUUGAAAAAUUUAAUAUUUACGAUUUGGAGGCUACUUUGAGUUCUGCGAAAGCUUUCUACAUUGGGUGCCUACCGAAACUUUGACGGGAAGAACGUGUACUACCAUCUCUGCAUUUUCU